GCGAGAAAAGUUAAGAUGGCUUUGGAGACUUGUGCAGAACUCAAUGUACUUCUUGCAACCUUCCCAGAUCUCCUGCUCUGGGAGAUGCUCCUCUGUGGAAGAGCCGCCAGCCUCAGGGAUAAGCCAUUCUUGGCUCAACAGACUACGAAGAUAUUGAUGGUGAGGAAGUUGGAGGAUGCGAAAGAUAUCAUUGCAGCAUCAGAUACAUUUCUCUGGCCUGAAAGAGGGGCGCUAGCUCCUCUCGUUGCAGUCGGUCCCAUCCAUCCGUCCGGUUCGGUGAUCGAAAUUGAGGACUCAUGAUUUAUUUUCAACUUUUCGAUGACACGAAUCGAGGAAAUUUAGGAAAUUUCUGUGGCUCAUGUCUAAGUGCACCAGUGUACAUUCAAGUAUAUCUUGAUUGACAUGGGACGUCACUUUCAUGACAUCGGUCGCGCUUUCCCCCUUCGAAUAGUAUUCGUGCGCCAACUUCCUCGGACUGCAUGGAUGGGAAGUUGCGAAUGGGCGAGACUCUUUUCAACUUGUUUCUCUGUGCUUGGUGGCCAUCACCAUCAACACAUCAUCAACACCUACCAGCCAUUCGGUAUACUUAUUAUCAGAAUUAACACAACUAUAAUGGGUUCCGGUGUCACAUCCCAGCAGCUCCUCGCGAUGCUUCCGUCUACUCCACAAGAAACGCCAGUUUCCAUAACUCCUUUCGGCGCCUCGGAUCGGGAAUAUUGUCUCGGGUGCCAAAUAUUCGUGGCCUGCACUGCUCAAUGUCGACAUUGCAAAGGCCCUUAUUGCAGUGACCGUUGCAAGAAGCAAGACGACCAAGUCCAUGCCUGCGAAUUCAAGUACGCUGUUGAGGUUUCCAUUCACAAUGUCCCAGGGAUCGGUCGAACAUUGUCCAUCCCGUACACGACGACGUUCGAAGAGCUGCACCAGGCCUUGCAAAUAGCGUUCUCAUGGCGUCUCACGACCGAUUACGAGUUCGCCAUUGGCAGGUUGCUAAUUACUUCUCACGACCGAAUGGCGAGAUUGGUGUUGACAGAGGAGAAAGCAUAUUUUAAAGAGUUCAAGGACGGCAGGACGAUGUAUAUUGUCGAAGGCAUGACGCACACAUUUGCAGAUAGGAAGAUUAUAGGUUAUUUGAGCGACAUCUCAUCUGCUCUCGUACACAAGGUCAAAAUUCGAGUCUGGAAUCCUCCAAAACACUACACAGCUUUCCAGAUUUCAUCAGAGAUCCAGUGCGUUCGUGGUCACGGACACUCAUUUGCGCAGGGAUUUACCUGUGAUGAAUGGGAUAAGCUGAAGACAGCCUACAACAAGGAGAUCCCCACUACAGCGGAAAAGGCUCUCAUUGAGAACUACAAGCUUUUCUGUCCGAAUGCAGAUCAAUAUGGAUUAAGUGGCAGCAGAGUCAAUGAAUUUGACAUCGGCGCAGUGAACGCUAGACUGAAAAGGUUGCCAAUUGGCCUAAAUACUUUUCCAGAUCACUUCCGGAGAAUCUGGCUAGGGCCAGAGGACGAGCAGCUGAGUCUCCUAGAACAGGCAUUCAAAGAACUCUGCCUCGAUUGUCUUGAUGAGUAAUUGAUUCUCCUUGAGCAUGCUUCAAGAAACCCCCCUCCCCCCCGAUUGUCUCGGCGCAUAUAUGGGCAACACAGACUACAGCAUACCACGAGCCGGAAAAGCCCAGUCUCCUGAAACAGCCUUUCAGCGGCUUUUAUUCGAUUGUCUUAGAUCGUAGACAAAAGACAUAAUACAGCGUACCAUUAA